CACGCGCGGCGGCCGGCGGCGGCGGCGGCGGCGGCAGCCAUGGCGGCCGCCCCGGAGCCGGCGGUGGAGGACCCGCUGUGGAGCUUUGUGCGGGUUCUGGAGAAGCGGGACGGGACAGUGCUUCGGCUGCAGCAGUACGGCUCCGGAGGCGUGGGCUGCGUGGUGUGGGACGCCGCCAUCGUCCUCUCCAAAUACCUGGAGACGCCGGCGUUCUCCGGCGACGGGGCCCACGCUCUGAGUCGCCGCUCGGUGCUGGAGCUGGGUUCGGGCACCGGGGCCGUGGGGCUGAUGGCCGCCACCCUCGGGGCAGAUGUGGUAGUCACUGAUCUCGAGGAGCUGCAAGACCUGCUGAAAAUGAACAUCAGUAUGAACAAGCAUCUUGUGACUGGUUCCGUUCAAGCCAAGGUACUGAAAUGGGGGGAAGAAUUAGAAGACGUGACUUCGCCAGACUACAUAUUAAUGGCCGACUGCAUAUACUAUGAGGAGUCCUUGGAACCCUUGCUGAAAACAUUAAAAGAUCUCAGUGGAUCUGAAACUUGUAUUAUAUGUUGUUAUGAACAGCGCACAAUGGGGAAAAAUCCAGAAAUUGAGAAAAAGUAUUUUGAGCUCCUUCAACUAGACUUUGACUUUGAGGAAAUACCCUUGGACAAACAUGAUGAGGAAUACCGAAGUGAAGACAUUCAUAUUAUAUAUAUCAAAAGGAAGAAAUCGAAACUGCCAUCAUGAAAACCUUUUCCAUCUUACCCACGCUCCUAACAUCCUGGGUAAGGUGAAGAUGUGAAUGGAGCAUGUGCAUACAGCAUGGGAAGAUCGCAUUUACAGUUUCUCCAGCAUGUCCUUAGAGAUCUGGUACAUGGAUGACGACCACCACGGACUGCCCACAGUGUGAAACACCUGCCUGCAGUCGACUUGCAAUCCAACUUGGGUUACUUAGCUCAGCACCAAGGUCUGCUUAAAAGAAACCUUGGGAUCACUCAAAUAAAAAUAAAUUUGAGGUUAGCCUCAGUUCUAAAG